CUCCAGAUGAGCACGUCGGUAGUGGAAGUCCAUGGAGAAACGUCCCAUGGUCAGGCUGAGAUCCGUGACCAGGCUGGCAUUGGUCACAGGGGAAGUGCCCCAAAGUUGGUGCCAUGGAGAGAGCACAGGAAGGCAGAUCUGGGCUCAAGACCCAGCACAUGGAGAGAGACAGAAAGAAAGGGAGACGGGAAAAGCACACAAGAGCCUUCACCCUCUUACCAUGUCAUGGAGACUCUGCUUGGCCGAAGAGGAAAUAAAAACUGAACAGGAGGUGGUAGAGGGCAUGGAUAUCUCUACUCGCUCCAAAGAUCCUGGCUCCACAGAGAGAACAGCCCAGAAAAGAAAGUUCCCCAGCCCUCCGCAUUCUUCCAAUGGCCACUCGCCACAGGACACAUCCACAAGCCCCAUUAAAAAGAAAAAGAAACCCGGCUUACUGAACAAUAACAAUAAGGAGCAGUCAGAACUAAGACAUGGUCCGUUUUACUAUAUGAAGCAGCCACUCACCACAGACCCUGUUGAUGUUGUACCGCAGGAUGGACGGAAUGAUUUCUACUGCUGGGUUUGUCACCGGGAAGGCCAAGUCCUUUGCUGUGAGCUCUGUCCCCGGGUUUAUCACGCUAAGUGUCUGAGACUGACAUCGGAACCAGAGGGGGACUGGUUUUGUCCUGAAUGUGAGAAGAUUACAGUAGCAGAAUGCAUCGAGACUCAGAGUAAAGCCAUGACCAUGCUCACCAUCGAACAGUUAUCCUACCUGCUCAAGUUUGCCAUUCAGAAAAUGAAACAGCCAGGGACAGAUGCAUUCCAGAAGCCUGUUCCCUUGGAACAGCAUCCUGACUAUGCGGAAUACAUCUUCCAUCCUAUGGACCUUUGUACAUUGGAAAAGAACGCUAAAAAGAAAAUGUAUGGAUGCACAGAGGCUUUCCUGGCUGAUGCGAAAUGGAUUUUGCACAACUGCAUCAUUUACAAUGGAGGAAAUCACAAAUUGACACAGAUAGCAAAAGUAGUCAUCAAAAUCUGUGAACAUGAGAUGAAUGAAAUUGAAGUAUGUCCGGAGUGUUACUUAGCUGCUUGCCAAAAACGAGACAACUGGUUUUGUGAGCCUUGUAGCAAUCCACAUCCUUUGGUCUGGGCAAAACUGAAGGGGUUUCCAUUCUGGCCUGCAAAAGCUCUGAGGGAUAAAGAUGGGCAGGUUGAUGCUCGUUUCUUUGGACAACAUGACAGGGCCUGGGUUCCAAUAAAUAAUUGCUACCUCAUGUCUAAAGAAAUUCCUUUUUCUGUGAAAAAGACGAAAAGCAUCUUCAACAGUGCAAUGCAAGAGAUGGAGGUGUACGUGGAGAACAUCCGUAGGAAGUUCGGGGUCUUUAACUACUCUCCCUUCAGGACGCCCUACACCCCCAACAGCCAGUACCAAAUGCUGCUCGACCCCAGCAACCCCAGCGCCGGAGCCGCCAAGAUCGACAAGCAGGAGAAGGUCAAGCUCAACUUCGACAUGACGGCGUCCCCCAAGAUCCUGAUGAGCAAGCCCAUGCUGAGUGGGGGCGCAGGCCGCAGGAUCUCCCUGUCGGAUAUGCCCCGCUCCCCCAUGAGUACGAACUCUUCUGUGCACACGGGCUCUGACGUGGAGCAGGACGCUGAGAAGAAGGCCACCUCGAGCCACUUUAGUGCCAGUGAGGAGUCCAUGGACUUCCUGGACAAGAGCACAGCUUCGCCAGCCUCUGCGAAGACGGGACAAGCAGGGAGUUUAUCUGGCAGCCCGAAAACUUUCUCCCCUCAAGCAUCAACACCCAUCACCACGAAAACGGACAAAACCUCCAGUACUGGAAGCAUCCUGAAUCUUAACUUGGAUCGGAGCAAGGCCGAGAUGGACCUGAAGGAGCUGAGUGAGUCAGUCCAGCAGCAGACGGCGCCCGUUCCCCUCAUCUCGCCCAAGCGGCAGAUCCGGAGCAGGUUCCAGCUCAAUCUUGACAAGACCAUAGAGAGUUGCAAAGCACAAUUAGGCAUAAAUGAAAUCUCGGAAGAUGUUUACACGGCCGUAGAGCACAGCGAUUCGGAAGAUUCUGAGAAGUCUGAUAGUAGCGAUAGUGAGUAUAUCAGUGACGAUGAGCAGAAGUCCAAGAAUGAGCCAGAAGACGCAGAAGACAAAGAGGGUAGCCGGGUGGACAAAGAGCCAUCGGCUGUCAAAAAAAAGCCCAAACUGGCCAGCCCGGUGGAGACUAAGGAAGAGCUGAAAAGCACAUCACCGGCCAGCGAGAAAGCGGAUCCGGGCUCAGUGAAGGAAAAGGCAAGCCCCCCGCCCGAGAAGGACUUUUCAGAGAAAGCGAAAGCUUCCCCUCAUUCCACAAAGGAUAAACUGAAGGGGAAGGAUGAGACCGAUUCCCCAACGGUACAUUUGGGCCUGGACUCCGAUUCAGAAAGCGAACUUGUCAUAGAUUUAGGAGAAGACCAUUCUGGGCGGGAGGGUCGUAAAAAUAAGAAGGAACCCAAAGAAACAUCUCCCAAGCAGGAUGUCGUAGGUAAAGCUCCACCAUCCACUACAACGGGCAGCCAGUCCCCACCCGAAACUCCACUCCUCACCCGCUCCUCCUCCCAAACUCCCAUGGCUGGUGUCACGGUCACCACCAGCACCACGUCCACCGUCACGGCCCCGGCCACCACUGCCACCGCCGCCGCCGCCGCUGCCACCGCUGCCGCCGCCACGGCCGCCGCCACCGCCACCACCACGGGGAGCCCGGUGAAAAAGCAGAGGCCGCUUUUACCGAAGGAGACUGCCCCGGCCGUGCAGCGGGUCUCGUGGAACUCGUCAAGUAAGUUUCAAACGUCUUCCCAAAAGUGGCACAUGCAGAAGAUGCAACGCCAGCAGCAGACCCAGCAGCAGACCCAGCAGCCUCAGUCUUCCCAGGGGACGAGAUAUCAGACCAGACAGGCUGUGAAAGCCGUCCAACAGAAGGAGAUCACGCAGAGCCCAUCCACCUCCACCAUCACCCUGGUGACCAGCACUCAGUCAUCGCCCCUGGUCACCAGCUCAGGGUCCACGAGCACCCUCGCAUCCUCGGUCAGUGCAGACCUGCCCAUCGCGACCGCCUCUGCUGACGUCGCUGCGGACAUUGCCAAGUACACUAGCAAAAUGAUGGAUGCGAUAAAAGGAACGAUGACAGAGAUCUACAAUGAUCUUUCUAAAAACACUACGGGAAGCACGAUAGCUGAGAUUCGCAGGCUGAGGAUCGAGAUAGAGAAGCUACAGUGGCUGCACCAGCAGGAGCUCUCGGAAAUGAAACACAACCUAGAGCUGACCAUGGCGGAGAUGCGGCAGAGCCUGGAGCAGGAGCGGGACCGGCUCAUGGCCGAGGUGAAGAAGCAGCUGGAGCUGGAGAAGCAGCAGGCGGUUGACGAGACCAAGAAGAAGCAGUGGUGCGCCAACUGCAAGAAGGAGGCCAUUUUCUACUGCUGCUGGAACACCAGCUAUUGUGACUACCCUUGCCAGCAGGCCCACUGGCCCGAGCACAUGAAGUCCUGUACCCAGUCAGCUACGGCCCCUCAGCAGGAAGCAGAUGCCGAGGUGAACUCAGAGACACUAAACAAGCCAUCGCAGGGGAACUCUUCUAGCACUCAGGCCGCUCCCACGGAAACAGCCAGCACCUCAAAAGAGAAGGAGGCGCCAGCGGAGAAAAGCAAGGACAGCGGGUCGACCAUUCCCGGAGCAGCAAGUCUAGUUGCUGGAGCAGCAGCGACGAGAAGCGAGGACCCACACGCUCCGAGCACAACGCCAGCUCCAGUUCGAAGAGUCUCCUCCCGAAAGAGUCUCGGCUGGACACCUUCUGGGACUAGGGACAAGUCACGACACAAGCCACCCACGCCAUGGAGGAAAAAAAAACCAGACACCAGGGCAAUAGGAAGCAACAAAGAAACGUGAAACAGGAGAGCAGCCACCUUCAGACUGGAGAGCGCCAGACACGCAGACUUGGCCUUCGCCCUUGGCACGGAGGGCGGCCUACACUACAUAGCGUCCGGCAUUAGCAUCGACUAAGGACUGUUGGACCCACACGAAACCUAUGCUUUAGGUGUAAAUAAUGUACAAUUUGUGGAUGUCCUUGAACCUAGAGUACCUUCCCCUUUUUAUAUUUGUACUGACUUUAACUUAUAAAAAAAAAAAAA